AGAAGUCCUUCUUUUAUAUAGGUUUGCAUGAUGGAAGUUAAAUUUACACAAGAGAGGCUGCACGUUUUAAAUCAAUACUGCUGACAUUUUCUGCAUUUUUGCUAUACCCUGGUGUGGUGGUCUUGAUUUUUCCUGCCCAAAGACAACACAUAAUGGAUCUCAAGGAAAGCUGCCCAAGUGUUAGCAUCCCCAGCUCUGAUGAACACAGGGUGAAGAAGAAAAGAUUUACUGUUUACAAAGUUUUGGUUUCCGUUGGCACAAAUGAAUGGUUUGUCUUCAGGCGAUAUGCUGAAUUCGAUAAACUGUAUCAUACACUAAGGAAACAGUUCCCCACUAUGAAUUUGAGGAUUCCAGCUAAAAGAAUAUUUGGAGAUAAUUUUGAUCCAGAUUUCAUUAAACAAAGAAGAGCAGGUCUGAAUGAAUUCAUUCAAAAUUUAGUACAACAGCUAGAACUCUGUAAUCACCCAGAUGUGAGAACAUUUCUUCAGAUGGAUAAUCCAAAGCACCAGUUUGAUCCAUCUGAAGAUGAAGAUGAGAGGAACAGUGAAAAGCUAAAUUCUAUCUCUCAGAAUAUCAACCUGGGGCCUUCUGGAAAUCCUCAUGCUAAACCAACAGACUUUGACUUCCUGAAAGUUAUUGGGAAGGGCAGCUUUGGCAAGGUUCUUCUUGCAAAACGAAAACUGGAUGGAAAGUUCUAUGCUGUGAAAGUACUACAGAAAAAAAUUGUUCUCAACAGGAAAGAGCAAAAACAUAUCAUGGCUGAACGUAAUGUGCUGUUGAAAAAUGUGAAACAUCCAUUUUUAGUUGGAUUGCAUUAUUCAUUCCAAACUACAGAGAAGCUUUACUUUGUUCUGGAUUUUGUUAAUGGAGGGGAGCUGUUCUUUCAUUUGCAAAAAGAACGUUCCUUUCCUGAACACAGAGCCAGGUUUUAUGCUGCUGAAAUAGCCAGUGCAUUGGGCUACCUACAUUCCAUAAAAAUUGUAUACAGAGAUUUAAAACCAGAAAACAUUCUCCUAGAUUCACUGGGACAUGUUGUCUUAACAGAUUUUGGGCUUUGUAAAGAAGGAAUUGCUAUUUCAGACACUACGGCAACGUUUUGUGGAACUCCUGAGUACCUUGCCCCUGAGGUGAUCAGAAAGCAACCCUAUGAUAAUACAGUAGAUUGGUGGUGCCUUGGAGCUGUUCUGUAUGAAAUGUUGUAUGGUCUGCCUCCUUUUUACUGCCGUGAUGUUGCUGAAAUGUAUGAAAACAUUCUUCACAAACCCCUGCAUUUAAGGCCAGGCAUCAGUCUUACAGCUUGGUCUAUUUUGGAAGAACUUCUAGAGAAAGAUAGGCAAAACAGACUUGGCGCUAAAGAAGACUUUCUUGAAAUUCAAAGGCAUCCCUUUUUUGAAUCUCUCAGCUGGACUGACCUCCUACAAAAAAAGAUCCCGCCACCAUUUAAUCCUAAUGUGUCUGGUCCAGAUGACAUCAGGAACUUUGAUACAGCAUUUACAGAAGAGAUGGUACCUUAUUCAGUUUGCAUUUCUUCUGACUAUAAUAUUGUAAAUGCCAGUGUGCUAGAAGCAGAUGAUGCAUUCAUUGGAUUUUCUUAUGCUCCACCUUCUGAAGACUUAUUUCACUAAAAUUUUCGAAGAUGAGGAAUGCACCAGAUGUCUGAAAUGGACUGAAAUAUUUUGAUUGUGAACUUUUUCUAUGUGCAACUAGUGCCUCAUUUGAUAUGUUGAACAAACUUUUUCUGCUGUAAUAUGAGAAGUCUGGGCAUUUUGGUUACUUAAGACUGUUACCCCUGCUGAACAAAAAUAUUUUUUUAAAUCAAGUAACUUUAGAUAGCUGUUCUUAGCAUUGAGACUCUUUUAAAAUAAGGACACUGACUGUUUCCCUCCAGUUUACAUUAGCAUAUCCAGAUUGGCUGCUUUUAAUAGCAGCCCGCUUUAGCACAUUUAAAGGCCUUUGUAACUAGCUAUGUUGACUUUGUGCUUGAACUGUUACUAUGCAAUCAGUUUUGUAUAUUACUGGUUAAAAAAAGAUAAGCUUACCCAGUACAUUCUUUAAAGCAAGUUGAUUUACUGGCAAUACCUCCCCUUAAUUUCCUAGCUUUAAUAAGAAGCAAAGAUCUGUACAAUAUUUUUCACUUUAUAGUCAAAUUGUACUACCUUUAUUCAGAGUGGGCACAGAAGUGCAGUGAUUUACAACUUUACUCAAGAAAUUUGAUUCACUCCAGUUGUAAAACCUAGAAAUGCACUCUCUAGGUUAGGUGUGUGUGGAACAAACCAGCCUUAAACAUUUGUUGAUAACAA